AUGAGCGACUCUGACACCAAGUGCAGCUCGGAGUCUGCUGGGGAAGACAGUUCAGAUAAAGCGCUGUGGGCCACUCUGCCGGCGCCAUUUCGUUCAGCGUAUGGCGGCAGUGCAGGAGAUCUGCCUCCCUGCGAAGUGCUGGCGUACCUUUUCGACGAUGACACUGAUCUUUCACAGAUGCUGGACGGUUUCAUGGUAGACCAGCGGUCCAAGACUGCCUGCGUGUCCGCGCUUUGUGUGUUGCGUGACCGUGCUCUCCCCCAAGCUCAACGCCUUGAGAAGCGUUGCGCGAUCAUCCCGGCUGAGCGACAGCUGCUGGAGUUGCUACGGAAGAAGCCUCGUGUUGGCCCUCCCAAGCUCCCCGCGCCAACAAGGCAAUGGUUGCAGAAGCAGUCGGGGGCUGUGCGACGGGCUUGCGCAUGGCCUUCGCGUCGUGCCAAACAGCUGGCCGGCGCCAAGUCCAACCUACAGAGAUGCGACGUUGAGCAACAAGAACUGCUUCGUUGGCGUGGUGAACUGGUCACCCUCAUCCAGGCGGCCAAGCUGCCUGUUUGUGAUCAAGCAAACCUGUCCAAGGAUCCGGAGGCGACUAUUUCUGCUGCCGUGGGGGCUGCUCGUGCGUCCACCAUCCGCAGCCGUGUGCGCGAGUGGAGGCGAGCCCGCGCGUAUUUCCUAGCUGUGUCGUCGAGUCCAUGGCCAAAGCAUGUGGGUCUCGUGCUCGACUAUCUGCACGAGCAGCGGCUUGAACCCUGCGCCCGCUCAGUUCCUACUGCUAUCCUCAAAUGCCUCGCCUUCAUGGAGAAGGCCGGUGGUGUUCCUGAGCAAGCGAGAUUCUCAACGCAUACGGUUGUCCGGAACACUGUGAACCAGUUUGUCAUGGAGCUUGAAAGUGGUGCGCCCCCCAAGCGCAAAGCGCCUUUGCUUCUGGUAGCAAUGAUUGCGAGCUUGGAACUCGCUGUUUUGGACGACGCUUUGCCUCUUUACACUCGUGGGUUUGCGUUUUAUAAACUGCUGAAGUUGUGGACUGCUUGUCGUAGCGGCGACUUGACUGGCUUGAGCCCUUCCUCCUUGGUCCUCUCCUCUGACGGCUUGCAAGGCGUCUUGGAGCGCACGAAGACCACUGGCCCUGGCAAACGCGUGCGGUACUUGCCUAUUUUUGUCAGCCGCCGUGCGUUCCUUGUCUCGCCCGACUGGUUGACGGUCGGUUUUGCAAUUUGGCAAGCAGACUCCAUGGCUUUUGCUCGCGACUACUAUCUACCUUUGCCCACUGCGGACUUUGCGGGUGCCCGCAAAGUUAUGGCAGAGUACCCGCAGGUGGUUGCAAUGACCAAAGCGCUAUGGAGGUCGUUGCGACUUCCCUGCUGGCAAGAUGGCAAAUGGUCCUUGUCCGAGGCCCUGCUCUUUGAGACUUUAGAGCCGCUGCGAUUCUGGUCAGAGCAUUCAGAGCGUAAUUGGUUGGUGUCUCUGCUGUCCAUGCUGGAUGUGCCGCGGGAUCAGAGGGAUUUCGUUGGACGUUGGAGUGUGGCGUCCGCGUCUGAUGAGUAUGUGCGCACGGCGCGCCAACUGGUGAUGCGUUUGCAAGCCCGCGCUGCGUCGGCCUUGAAGCAGCCGGAUGAAAAGGAGCUACGCUGUACCGGCAUCAACGAACUUUCUGCUUUUCUAAGCGAACAAGGCUUUGAGCAAGCCGAGCUGGUCGAGCUCCGGGAACGUCUGCAUUUGGACCUCUCCAGGUUGCCCGAUGUGGAUCCAGUGCUAGGCGAGCUAAACGCUGCUGCGAUGCCGCCGGUUUCAGCAUUGGGCGAGUCUGCGGGGGCAGAACGUGCAGUGGAGAGCGGGGAGGAUCCAGCUCCCGCCUACUUCAUUGCUGUUGUGGGCAAGCGUCGGCUUCGACGUCUUCACCGACAAGGUGGCUGCGGCACAGUUCCCGCCGAUCUUCUUGAAAUGCUCCCCUUGCAGUCGUUGAAGAACGCGGUGUAUGAUCUGGCCUGCAAGCACUGCUGGCCGCGCGGGGCCAAGCCUGGCGAUUCGUCUUCUGACACAGGGAGUGGUGAUGACUCAUCAUCUUCGAGCAGUGCGAGCAGUGACGCUGCUUAG